UACAAUAUGGCGCUCUCUAGGCCAUGUAAUGGCCAGACAGAAUUAUUCACUUGUCAAAUCUGCAAUGAAACUUUCAAAGUACCGAAAAUAUUACCAUGCUUGCAUACCUUCUGUGAACAAUGCAUACACGAGAUCAUAAUAUCAACUGGACGCAAAAAAGAACCACAUUCAACAUGUUCAAGAAAAGAGUUUAGUUGUCCUACUUGCAGAACCCUUAUCAAGCCAACAAAUACAAAGUCGGAUAUUGAUACAUGGGCUGCUGACCUGCCUCAUAAUGUAAUCAUACGGGAAAUGAUUGCUAUGUCAAACGGAGAAAAAAAAAAGUGUAGUGCUUGCAAACGACAUGAUGAAAUAUCAGAAGCAAAGUUCUGGUGCGAAAUAUGCGAAGAAGCUUUCUGUGAAAAAUGCAAUGAUAUGCAUAGUCGUAUGAAACUUUCUGCGUCGCAUAAUGUAAUUCCUGUUGAAGAAUUUGCUUCCUUAACUUACGGAAUGGUUGUUAAUGCGAUAUCUGAGCAUUGUUAUGUUCAUCCGUCAAAUUUAGUAGAUGUGUUUUGUUGUGAUCAUAAAAUUAUUUGUUGUGGUUCGUGCGUAUCUACUAUGCACAGAAGAUGUAAAAGAGUGAUGACUAUUGCCAGCGUCAUGACAAGUGGCAAAUACCAGUCUCUCCCAGUGAAGAUAAAUGAAAUUAAGCAAGCGGUAGAAAAUCUAUUAAAGGAAAAGGAUCAAGAAAAAGCUGAUAUCAAACUUGCAACAGAAUACACAGAAGAAGAAGCGACAAAAUUUCUGGAACAACUUAAAAGUAAACUUGAUAAUUUGUUUGAUAAAUUUGUGAAACAACUACACAUGUUCCGCGAUGAAAAAUAUACGAGUUUUAAUGUACGAUUGCGGCUAUUGGAACAAUUUGGGAAGAAUCUAGACCAUUGGAUCCGUUCGAUUGAAGUUGUUGAAAAAUUUGGAACCAAGACACAGCUGUUCAUUCUUGUUGAGAAAAUAAAGCAUCAUAUUGCAUCGCAUGUAAGCGAAAUCACCCGGGUUAACCACAGCGACACAUUGGUUGAGUUAAGCUUUCAAAAGAAAGGCAUUUUCAGCCAGCUCGAGACAAUGGUAGAAAUUGGAACAUUUAAUACAUAUCAGAGUCCGAUAUUUGGUCAGAUGAUUGAUAUUUACAAGCGCUGUGCAGGUUUAGGCUUAAAUUGUUAUCCCAAAUUCAAAAAUGCGAACGUAACGUUCGUUGAAAGUAUUUGUGUCACAGGUUCAAAGUUUACAUGUGGUGUAUGUAUAGAUGAAAAAUAUAUGAUAGUUGGAGAUGCUGGACCACAGAAAAAAAUGUACAUCGUUGAAAAACAUUCAGGUUAUAUCGUCAGCACCACAGAUAUCCAUGGUGAUGUCAAACGUUUAUGCUAUGAUAAAAAGUCGAAGCAGCUAUUUAUAUCAUGUUAUAGUGAAGAAUUAUACAAAGCAGAAGUUAAAGCUCAAGAAAUAGUUAAACUUACAAAAAAUCCUUUUAAUAAAGAUCAUAUUGGUGCAUUGUUUAGUUCAAACAACGAAGUGUAUGUUGUUGUCAACAGAGCAAUCAAGAAAUUCAGUAUAAAUGCUGAUUCAAACGAAAUGAGUACAUGCUUCAACACUAACACAGGUUGUGGUCUAAACGGAAUGAAUGUAAUAGGGAAAUACAUUGUCUUCACAACAGCAGAUAAAGAGAUCAAAUGUUCAACUUUACAGGGAAAGAACAAAUUUUGCUAUAAAAACGAAGAACUGGAAAGUCCUGAAUGUAUUGCUGUUUUGUCUUCCGGAUUGACUGUAGUGGUAGACAGAGCAAAUGGCGGGUCAUUACAUCUGCUUUCAGAAGAUGGAUUAAAACACCGAAGAAUACUGGAAAAGUUUGAAAAUGUAAACAAUCCAACGGAUAUUUGGUUAGAUGGCAACGAAGAACUCGUGUACGUUGCAGGAGGAAAGUACAUUGAUGCAUACAGAAUAGUCACUGAUCAACAAAAUGAUAGACAAGAUUUUAACUCGGACAUGUAAAUGAAUCCCAGUUGAUGAAUAAAAAAAACCUAGAUGUAGUAGGGAUAUCGAAAUUCUCUUUUCUUAAAAGUUCUAAUUACUAUUUUAUUUUGUGUUGCACACCUUUCUUUAACAAACUGUAGAAUGAUCAAGGUAACCGUAUUACAAAAAAGAUGUCUUCAGAAAAGCCACCAAUGACGUUUGCCUUUUCGUGUCAUCUGAGUCAAUAGCCACUUCAUAUAUAAGAGGAGAAGAAAUACUUUAGAUAUUUCCAAUAGAUGAACCAUUAUGGACAACAUCAGUACGAUGGUUAGCAAGUAAAAUAUUUAUAAUAUAGAUAAUACUCCAGAAAACAGCUCAAAUAUGGAAUAUAACCUGAGUUUAUAUUAAGACCAUAUACCAAUAUGGUCAGUGUUUGUUGAUCAUGCAUCAGAAGCAGCAUCGUAUCCAUUAUGAUGUCAUCGUGGCUGAGGCAGAUGAACACAUACUAUAAUUAUCUAAAUACAGGAGCCAACCAAGUAAACAUAUCUCUAGAAACAUAUAUACGAACAAUAAAGUACUUUACAAAUUUUCAAACAUUUAUAAUCUAGUCCACCUCGUGGCUGAUGCACAUGGACAUGUCUAUUGUCUAAUCUAUAAUAAAAUCAAGUAUUGGUCGUU